CCAAGAUAGUUUCUGAUUUCUCACAGCGGAUCAUCACAUUUUUUUUUUCGUCCUGCUGAAAAUCUGCUUAACGACAGUUUACCUAAUUUUUGUAACUUCCCAACUCACGGUCUUAACAUCGACAAGUGCAUACAUAGAGCCUAUAUAUCAAAGAUUAACAGAGAGGCAGAGUUUUCUGGAGAAAAUAACAGAACAAAAAUGGGGAAUUCUUUUGGGUGCUCAGCAUCAGGGGAAAGGUUGGUAUCGGCAGCAAGAGAUGGAGAUUAUGUAGAGGCUAAGAUGCUAUUGGAUUGUAAUCCAUGCCUUGCAAAGUACUCAACUUUUGGUGGAUUGAACUCUCCUCUUCACUUUGCCGCUGCUAAAGGCCACAAUGAGAUUGUGGCAUUGUUGCUGGAGAAUGGAGCUGACGUGAAUUCAAGAAAUUAUUGUGGGCAGACAGCAUUGAUGCAAGCGUGUCGAUAUGGCCACUGGGAAGUUGUUCAAACUCUUCUUCUCUUCAGAUGCAAUGUAACAAGAGCAGAUUAUAUUAGCGGCAGGACUGCUCUACAUUUUGCUGCAGUGAAUGGACACGUGAGAUGUUUGCGACUAGUGGUUGCUGAUUUUGUUCCCAGCGCUCCAUUCGAACCUGUAAAUGGCCAAUCAAAUGGUGGUAGGGGGGAUAGUUUGAAUCCUAAAAGCAAUCCCGAACUGAGCGCUCUCUCCAAGUUUGUAAAUAAGGCUGCUGACUGUGGUAUUACUGCUCUUCACAUGGCUGCGUUGAAUGGAUAUUUCGACUGUGUACAGCUUCUACUUGACCUUCAUGCCAGUGUGUCAGCUGUGACAUUCCAUUAUGGAACAUCUGUGGAUAUGAUUGGACCUGGAAGCACUCCUUUGCAUUAUGCUGCUUGUGGGGGAAAUUUAAAAUGCUGCCAGAUCCUUCUUGCAAGAGGUGCCAGUCGUUUGGCAUUGAACUGCAAUGAAUGGCUUCCUAUUGAUGUUGCAAGGAUGUGGGAGCGUCAUUGGCUUGAGCCACUGCUGGCGCCUAAUUCUGACUUGAUCCUCCCAGUGUUUCCGUCUUCUAACUAUUUAUCAUUGCCGCUCAUGAGUGUGCUCAACAUAGCAAGAGAUUAUGGGUUGCAGUCGUCAGUAGUUUCUGAUGACACUGAGAUUUGUGCAGUUUGCUUGGAGAGAGCGUGUACAGUAGCUGCCGAAGGUUGUGCACACGAACUCUGCAUAAAAUGUGCGUUUUACCUUUGCUCAAGCAGUAACUUCCGUUCUGAAUCAUUAAUACCUCCUGGUUCCAUUCCCUGUCCUCUUUGCCGACACGGCAUUGUCUCUUUUGUUAAAUUGCUUGGUUCCUCAGUAAAGGAAAAUAAAUUACCUCUAUCACUUAGCUUAUGCACUCCAUGCGUCCUUCACCACAGAGAACAAGACAUAUUAGAUGCUCCUAGCUCACCUGAUACAAGUAACAAAUGUGUAGCUUCUGUUUCUUCGGAUAUUUUCUGUCCGGUUACUUGUAGUCCAUUUCCCUCUGUUGCAAUCCCUCUGUGCAUAUGCAAUGAAGGACAUUGUCAGAAUUUUGAUUCUAGAGGAAAUGAAACUCAAGAAGAACCAUCUCAUCAUUCACAAUCCACAUCGAUUGAACAGGAAAAGACGGAAGAAAUACGACUGGAGAAAACGACCUGUUCGAGUAUGUUUUGGGGUAGAAGAAGCUGCAGCAGGGAGCAUCAGUGUAAUGCUGAAAUAAGUGCAUGAACGGUUGUGUAAGAUCUUAUUCGUGUUUUUAUAAACAGAAGAUUAUCUCAAGUAUAAAAUACUCGGAUUCAAGUUUCUGGUGUCGAAGUCCAGAAGUUGAAGUAUUCAAAAUCGGCUUUUCUGCUGCUAUUUGUUGUCCUCUGGUGAUGAUCAAGAACAUCUAGUUCAGGCAUGACAAGUUGACUGGUUUUGUAGGUUGCUUUAGAGAUUUUAAACACGGCAUGUAAAAAAUCUGAAUGUACAUGAUUGGUUAUAAAUGUCAUGUGAGUGUUGGCAUUUUUCUUGAUUA